AUGGCUGAAAAACAAGUAAUGAAUGAAAAACAAGAGAAACGUAUUGCAAAGGAACAAGACAAAAACUAUGUGGACUUUCGUAAGGCAGAAAUUCUGCAUGACAUCAAACCCAAAUCGAAGGCAGUUGAUCUGAAACGAUUCGAUGAGGCGUUCCCCAAACCAGAUAAGUCGAAACGGAAGGGCGGUGCAAUGGAAUUCGGAGAAACGAUGCACAAAUAUCUUCUGAUGCGUCCUGAUGGUCGAUUCGCCACAUGGCCAGGCAAACCGGUACCGAAAAAGAAGAAGGCGAAAGCAGCGGCAGAUGGAAAAGCUGGAGGAUUGAUGCAUAAGAUGGCAUCGGCUGCUGGAGUUGCAAAACAAUCGAAAGAUUCGAUACCUGUUACACCCAAAAAACAAGUGAAGAAUUAUGAAAAAGAAGUGAAAAAAGCACUCAUUCAACAGGCAGAAGCUGAGGAAGAUGAAACCGAUCAAAAACGGCAGAAGGAAGCGUUGACUUGGCUGGAGACAGCUGAAGUUUUGGCAAAGACAAGCCAUACAUUGAAUGCGAUCGUUGAGAAUAAACCAUUCUGGCUUGCUGGAGAUCCAGUUGUUCCGGAAGAUGAAACAGAUGCAUACGUGGAUGCCGAUAUGUUGGCUGAGUUUGUCAGCGGUGCGAAUCGUGGAAAGUUUCCUGUGAAUCCGUCGGAACGUACCAAGUUCACCCCGUACGGACCAGUCGGGCCAUUGCAUGCAAUGAAAGAAUACCAGAAUAAAAAUCUGGUGAUUGGUAACACACUUCAAUCGAUAAUCGACUCAACUGCUGAUCGAAAAGGUGUGCCAAAAGAACGUGAGGAUAAAGGCGUGAAGCCAAUUUUGAAAUGGUGUAAGAAAACGAAACAACUUGAAUAUGUGAUGGACUCCGCCCCAUUGGAAAAGACUGCAAUUCACGAAGGAAAACUUCAACCUAUUGUAAAGGAGUCUGGGAAAAAGGAAUAG